AUGACUUCUCGACGCCAUAUCCCGAGUCAGUCUCUUCUAUCGCCGGGGGACUACGACGAAGAUGCCGAGUCGUUGCGGUCCCCCUCGGAGCAAGACUCGGAUUCGGAAGACGACGAGUUCCUCCGCAAUUCUCGGACCACCCUGGAAUUGGCGGAACACGAUCGCACCGUGUUGGACGACGAGGAGGAGACCGAGAAGCUGCUCACUAGAGCAGGGCCGACACAUGGAAUCCGCAGGCUAUUCAGUCCCAAUCGCAGCUCCGUCAGAAUCGGGAAGCAGGAUCGACGACAGCGACGGAGGGAAAGGAGGAAUUCCCGCCGCGGCCGUCGGGGGAAGCUGGAGGAUUCCGACGACGUGAUGUUUGAGAUGGAAGAAGGACAUCGAGAAGAUGAGAGCUCCCUCCUGAGCUCGUCGUCGUCGGACUUGGAUGCGCGUGUCAGGGAGAAAGAGAGUUAUGACACUACUCCGCAGCAGCGUGUCUCGCGGCUGAAACUCGCCUUGAUCUUCGUCUCGAUCUUUAUCCUGUUUCUGAUUUGCCUUCUCGGUGCAUACAAGGCCUCAUCGAAGUUUCGGUCCUCUCACUCCCUCAAACCUCUUGUCUCGAACGGCUCCGCGCUAUUCGCCCCUACCACCAUCGUCAUCUCCCUCGACGGCUUUCCGGCAUCUCCCCUCAAUACAUGUUACCCAGCUUUCCCAGCGUCACGUUCCCCAAUCACUACACUCUCAUUACCGGGACUGUAUCCGGAAAGUCAUGGGAUCCUGGGGAAUACAUUCUGGGACCCCGAGCUACAAGAAGAAUUCCAAAACACGCUGCCCUCCGCGAAUAUGGAACCCAAAUGGUGGAACGCGGAACCCUUGUGGAUGACUGCCGAAAACCGGGGGAUCGUCACGGCGGUCCACAUGUGGCCAGGGUCGGAGGCCCAUAUCAUGGGGGUAGACCCGACAUACUAUGAUCGAUAUAAUGGCUCGGAAGCCCUGUCGCGCAAGGUCGAUCGGGUAUUGGAAUGGCUGGAUCUGCCUGGCUUGGAGGAUGACUCGCUUGCGGUCCCCGAGCGCCCGCAGUUCAUCGCCGCAUACGUUCCAAAUGUCGAUUCGGACGGGCAUAAAUACGGCCCUAAUAGCACGGAGAUUCGAAGCACCAUCUCCCAGGUGGACGACAUGCUGGCUAAACUAUUCUCUGGUCUGCAAGAGCGGAACCUUACCGACAUUGUCAACGUCGUGAUCGUCUCGGAUCACGGUAUGGCCACCACCUCCACGGAGCGCGUGGUGCAGUUGGAUGAUCUGAUUGACAUGAAUCUGGUCGAGCGCAUUGAUGGAUGGCCCCUGCGCGGGCUCCGUCCCAAGCGACCGGAAGACGUCGACAGUCUCAAAGUCCAGUUGGAAACUCUGGCGGAGAACUACUCCCACGCAGUGGAGGUGUAUACCCGCGAAACCAUGCCCGAACGCUACCAUUUCUCCAACAACGACCGCAUUGCUCCGUUGUGGGUGAUUCCCAAGACCGGCUGGGUGAUCGUAGAACGGCCCGACUUCGACGUCCAAGAAGCCCUGGCCAGUGGAAAGGACUACCACCCUCGUGGCGUCCACGGAUAUAAUCACGAGCACCCCCUCAUGCGCGCGAUUUUCGUCGCCCGGGGGCCUGCAUUCCCGCACCAGCCUAACAGCCGGAUGGAAGUCUUUCAAAACACCAAUGUGUAUAACAUUCUUUGCGACUCCUUGGGCAUUACUCCUCUUCCGAACAACGGCACUUUGCGUCUGCCGUUAACGCCCGUUGGGCUUCAUUCGGACGAAGAUGCCCCUAGCGUCGAGGCUCCGGUCGAUCCGCCCGCCAGUAGCCCCAGCGGCACCAGCGGCACCAUGAGCCCCAUCCCAUCAGGAACCGCGCUCAAGCACCCUUCCCCCGCCACCGAAUCUUCUGCGCCGCCUACGCAACGGCCAGACAGCGAUGAUGAGGCUGGCCCGACCUGGUGGGGCACCCUGUGGGACAAAUUCGAGGGUCUCAAGGACUGGGCGACUGAUAUCUUUGACACGGUGAAGGACAAUUUUGCGACAUCCAGCUGA